GAAAAUCCCAUGGUAAUCGAACCAACAACAUGCAAUCUUUUAGCUAGCCAAUUUAGGUAAAAACAAUCUCUUCCACUUUCUCUAUUUCUUUCUUUCUUGACUCGCGCACGGGCGCGCGAGGAAAUAACCCCCAUCCCUUCCUCGCGGUUGCUCUGUCGACUUUUUAUUUGUGCAUGAGAGUGGUGUUAUGGUUUGUCGUUAAACUUGGACACCUCCAUUCAAGCAUCACACAUUCUAUCAUUUCUAUUUUUCUCAAGAGAAAUCCGACAAAUGUUUUGUUAAGCAUAUAUCUCGAUGGAAAUCCAUGACUCGUUGAAUUCUAAUCCCAAUAUAAACAACAAAAAUAACAUCGAUAACAAUACAAAUAUUCCUAUUCGCGAUUUUUCAAUUCCGGUUUCUUCGUCAAGUACUAAUUCAAAUGGUGAUUUUCAUCUUGCGGUCUCAUCACCCAAUGACGUCCCUACUACCUCGAGGGUUGACUCAUCAUACAAUGACAUUUUUAGGAGAAGUUGUUCGGACGGUGGCUUACGUAUCCCCACCGAUGAUAUGACCGGGGAAGCCUUCGACAGCUUGACGCCGGAGAUGAUGAUGUCAUCGGAGGACGAUCUCAUGUCUGCCCUCCUCGAGAAGGUAGGGGGAAAUGACGAAGAAGUCACCACCACACAUGUCAUGGACCACGAUGAUGGAAGUGGCCCCAUUGACCAAGGGAGGGCUAUUGAUGAAUGGGAAAGGAAUUCCAAUCUAAGGCGCCGAUUUGGCGAGGUAAUUGAAACAAAGAAAGCUAUUCCUCCAGAAAAGUUGGCGGAGAUUUGGACGGUGGAUCCUAAACGAGUCAAAAGAAUCCUAGCUAAUCGACAAUCGGCUGCAAGGUCAAAGGAAAGGAAGGCCCGCUAUAUAUUGGAGCUAGAAAGGAAGGUUCAAAGUCUUCAAACAGAAGCUACAAAUUUAGCGGCUCAACUCACCAUAUAUCAGAGGGACGCGUUGGGCUUGACCACGGAGAAUGCUGAGCUCAAAUUUCGUAUGCAAGCGAUGGACCAACAUGCACAAUUACGAGACGGUGAUCACAAUUGUUUUGAAACAUAUAUAUUUAACGAGUUUCCAAAUUUAUGUAAUCUUAAAAAUAUAUAUUGUGGUUUUUGCAUGCAUGCAGCAUUAAACGAAGCAUUGAAGCAAGAAGUCGACAGACUCAAGAUUGCGACCGGAGAAAUGCAAAGCCCAUCAUUGGAGUCAUUCAUCUUUGCAGGUCAACGAAUCAAGUCGUCAUACAGCCCAACAACAACUAAUGUACCUAGCCAAUUGACAUCCCCGGAAAACAUGAAAAAGAUGCCCUAUAGUUCAACAACUUCCCCUCCUCAGACCAUUAACCUUACCAACAAAAACGUAAUAUUUCCUCUCCCCAGGAAAUCGGCUACUAUCCUAACCACCGGGUUAUCACAACCGAGCCCCAACAUGAGAUCAAAUGUCUCAAAAUCCGACGGCAGCCCCAUCACUCAACUGUCUUCUCCUUGAUUAUAAUUCAAUUUCUUGAGGCAAAACAAUAUUAUAGAUUUAAGGAUUUCACUAGAACAGAUCGUGUGCAUUAUUCAUGUAUAUUGUACUCUAUAUAUAUCUAAUGUUUGUUUGGAACAAUAUUGUCAACACCAAUUCUUCGAUUUCAUUUAUU